GGAGAACGAGCUAAUCGACUAAAGCAAACAAGCAAGAUGGCGAAUCCCUUCCUGAUGGAAGAUGAGCCGCUGGCUGAGCCGGUGUCGAAUCCGUUUCUGUUUGGUGAUGACGCACAAGAGGAAGCCGACGGGGUGGUGGACGACAAUCCGUUCUUGGCGCCGGCCCGCAAUCCGUUCGCGGACUUUGGUGCAGAGGCGGAAGAACCUGGCACGGGACCUGUGGGGAUCAACGCGGUGGUCACGACCGGUGCCGACCUCUUCGGGGUUAACGACUCCGUGGUGUACCAGCAGCCGGCCAUGCUGCCUCGGCAGCAAUCCAACGGAGCCAACUUCUUCGACACCACGAUCAACGAGGACGACGAUCUGAUCAUGCCGAAACCAACGCAGCUACAUCUGGGACCGCACACGAACAACAACCUGCUCGACGAUGGUAUGAUCAAUGCGUACUCCAGCGAGGACGAGCUGAAAGGGGCUUCAGCUGGGCAGGUCAACAACGGUCGAGGACCUCCACCGCGGCCCAUGCCUCCGGUGUCGCAGGCCACCCAACAGCUGAUCAGUUCGUUGGCCGAUCAGCUCGACCAAACCAGCACAAAUUUGCUGCAAAAGAUCCCGGCUACCAGAACGCCCAGUCCGGUGUCCAUGAGAGAUCUGCACUCUCCCAGUCCGACACCCGAUUUUGGCGAUCUGUUGUCCGUGACCGACCAACCACCGGCUGGUACCGGCGGCCUUCCACCGCAACCCGAUAAUCCAUUUGCUGAUCCCCCAGUUCCUGUCGUUGCCAAGCCCGAAGUUCCGAAGCCUCCUCGUCCAAGACCUCCUCCACCACGUCCGGCUCCACCCAGAAGUUCCCUUGCCUCAUCACCCGUAGCCGCCGCUGCUCCGCCAGUUCCUCAAGCCCCGGCCACCCAGCAGGAAGCGGACCUGUUUGACCUGUUCGGAACCACCUCGACUGCCAAGACUGCUCCGCCAAAGCCACCGGCUCCCAAAACAAAGGAAGACAUCCUUUCGCUGUUUGCUGCACCCGCUCCGUCGGCUUCGCCGACUCCAGCCGUACAGGAAGUCAAGCAGCGCGAUCUUCUCAGCGAUGAUUUCUUCGAAACUCCAGCCGAACCCUCGGAACCGUUUGUCUGCAAUUUGGCUGAGAAUCUUGUGCAAGCUCAAGCUCCGGAACCGGCGGUUGAAGAACCGAUGGUUGAAGAAGCGAUCGCUCAAGAGCCGUUCCCACCACCGGAAGUCCCGGCUGAACCGUACAUCCCAGUUCCCGAGCAACCGAUGAUGGAACCAUCUCCGGAGAUUGUUCUGGAAGGCCCCCCACCAUCCGACGACUACAUGCACUCGGCGGCCGACUCGUCCGAGUACAGCCCAACUGGUUCGAACAUCACGUCCGGAAACUUCCCCAGCUCCGUUUCCGGCAGCAUCGUAAACAUCGCCGUUAUGGAAAAGACUGACGAGCUCGUCGAGCAGGAACCUUCCCUGGAGGAGGAGGAGUACAACCACGUGGACGCCGUUCCGCCAGUCGUUUCCACCGUCGCGUCCCAGCUGUUCUACUCGGAGCCGGAAACUACGAUGGCUUACACAACCGAACCGGAAACGGUCAAUCCGUUUGCGAUGGACGACGAACCAGCUGUGGUGGUGGCGCCUCCAGCCAUGGACUACGCGAACGAACUGUUCGGGAACGCCGAGAACAACAACCCUGUUGUUGCCGCCGUGGACAACUUUGCACAAAUCCAGACGCAGGAACCGGACGAGUUUGACUCGUUUGCGGCCAAGUUCGAGGGCACGCAGAACAAGGUCGCGAGCAACAACAUCUUCCUGGACGAGGCUCCUGGGGCCGUUUCGGACGAUGCUUUUGGGGCGGCGGAUGCGUGGGGAACGGGCGGAGUGCCGAGUGGUGGAGGGUUCGAUGGGGGCGAUGGGUUUGGAACCGAGGACGGGUUCGACGAUCCGUUCCUGUCGAUGCAGGCACCGCCGCCGGUGCCGGAGGGAACACCGUUUGGACGAUGCCACUCGGGAGAUUCGGACGAGGGAACAAAUACGUUCAACGUGGUUAUUCGACCGAAGGAAGGAAUGGACGUUGGGUUGGCACCGGCUUUGGCGCCUCCACCGAGGAGUCCGCAGACGGCUUCGAUCUACUCGGGAGACUCGUCUCCACGUGUUGUUAAUCCGUUCGAAAUGGGAGCCGAUGACGAUGCAGCGCUGGCAGCUGUUCCGGAUGCUACUCCGCAACUGCAGCGAACCGACUCGCAGGAGACGCCGCCGACGCCACUGUUUGACGACGAUGUGUCGCAGCCGCUGGAGGACUUCCCGCGCGUCGUCUACUCUGGAGACGUCUGGGAGAUGCAGCUGCGGCAGCCGAACAAGAAGAAGAUAACCGGUCAGCGGUUCUGGAAGAAGAUUUUCGUGCGGCUGGUGUUCCAAGGGGACAGUCCGGUGCUGCAGCUGUACAACGCCGAGAAGGACAAGGAUCCGUUCCAGGAGCUUCCGCUGCAGGCUUGCUACUCGGUUUCGGAGAUUGGAGCGCAGCAGUACGACAACUUUGGCAAGAUCUUCACGAUCAAGUUGCAGUACGUGUUCUACAAGGAGCGACCGGGGGUGAGACCGGGUCAGGUGACAAAGGCGGAACGGUUGACGAACAAGCUGAGCCAGUUUGCGGCGUACGCCAUUCAGGGGGAUUACCAGGGGGUUAAGGAGUUGGGAAGUGAUCUGAAGAAGCUGGGACUGCCGGUGGAGCACGCUCCGCAGAUAUCGCAGCUGUUCAAGCUGGGCUCGAUGAACUACGAGGAUAUGAAGCAGUUUUCGGUGUGCAUCGAGGAAGCGCUGUUCAAGAUGAACGUUCACCGGGAUCGUGCACUGACGUACAAGACGGAGGAGGUUCAGGUGACGGCUGUGGAUGAGCUGUACGUGGAACAGGAUGCCGAGGGUCACGUAGACAAGCAGAUUGCUCGAGUAAGACUGUUCUUCUUGGCGUUCCUAUCGGGAAUGCCCGACAUCGAGCUGGGCGUGAACGACCUGUGGCGCCAGGGCAAGGAGGUUGUCGGACGGCACGAUAUCAUACCGGUUGUGACGGAGGAGUGGAUCCGGUUGGAGGGCGUCGAGUUUCACGGUUGUGUUCAGCAGGACGAGUAUGAGCGUAGUCGUACGAUCAAGUUCAAACCGCCGGACGCGUGCUACAUCGAGCUGAUGCGCUUCCGGAUUCGUCCGCCGAAGAAUCGGGAGCUUCCACUGCAGCUGAAGGCGACUUGGUUGGUAACUGGUAAUAAGGUAGAACUGCGAGCGGACGUGCUGGUGCCCGGGUUUGCCUCGAGGAAGCUCGGACAGAUUCCGUGCGAGGAUGUUUCCAUUAGGUUCCCGAUUCCGGAAUGUUGGAUCUACUUGUUCAGAGUGGAGAAGCACUUUAGAUAUGGUUCGGUCAAGUCAGCGCAUCGUCGCACGGGUAAAAUCAAGGGCAUCGAGCGGUUCCUGGGUACGGUGGAGACCCUCCAGGAAUCCCUGAUCGAGGUGACGUCCGGCCAGGCCAAGUACGAGCACAACCACCGGGCGAUCGUUUGGCGCUGCUCGAGGCUGCCCAAGGAGGGUCAGGGAGCGUACACGACGCAUCAGCUCGUCUGCCGGAUGGCGCUGACCAGCUUCGACCAGAUCCCGGAACAGCUCGCCCCGUACGCGUACGUUGAGUUCACGAUGCCGGCGACGCAGGCCUCGCACACGACGGUCCGCUCAAUCAGCGUGCAGGAGUCCGAGAGUGACGAUCCGCCGGAGAAGUACGUGCGCUAUCUGGCCCGGCACGAGUACCGCGUCGGCAUCGAGCACACGACGAACGAAUCGGUCAACCCGUACCUGGCGGCCACGACCGUCAAGCGGGAGCAACCGAUCCAGGAGGAACAGCCGAUGGCCACGACGCCGAUAGCGCCCAGCGAUUCAGACUCGGAUUCGAACUAAGUUGGCGUUUGUUUACGUUUGGCGCGGCACAGCGCUGCUUACAUACAAUCUAGUGGUCCAUGAGUUUUGCUUACCGUUUGAAAGGUGAUGAAUUGGGCUUUUCUUUGGAAAUUUGCGUUCAGAUUUAGAAAAGGGGAUCCCAGUGCAAAAUCAAAAUACUGAUUUCGAAAUGGUGCAGCUAUACAGCGCGAGCGGAACACGGUAUGCUCUAUUUAAUCAACUCUCAAUGUUUGGGCACGUGCCCCAACGCAUGACAUGGAACUGUCAUUGAUAAUGAAACAAAAGAAAACUUAAAACAUAGGUGUUACUGAAUUAUAUUAGUUUGACAAUAAAAUACAUUUAUUACAUAAACGAGUAAGCUUAAACCAAACCAGAGACGAAAAGUAUUACCAGUUAUAUAUCAUAGAUGGCAACACUAGUUUUUAUUUGUAAAAUGUAUUGUUGUCCACUCAGUUACUUCUUGAAAUCAGUUAUUCCAUUAGACACUUUGGAAGAUUAUUCAACUUUCUUGUCUGUACAUAAUUAAUUUGUGAAUUAAUUAACGAUCAAAUUCUAGUCAUUAGUUGAAUAGCAAUUUCUUGAACCACUGUUAAAAUGAUAAGUAAUAAUUAUAUAAACUGUAGCAGAAAACACAGUCAAGAAAUCUAAUCUAUGUUAAUCUUGUGCUCGAUGCAGCAGCAGCAACAAAAGAUAAAAUCAACCAAAAGUAAUACUCGUUGCAAUAGUCGGACAAAAUGAUACUUAUUAGCAAAAAAAAAAAAAA